AUGUAAGAAAUAGAAAUAUAACAAUAAAUUAAAGCUGAAAGACUUAAUGACACAUUUUAGAGUGCUAAAAGUUUAAUAUGCAGAAGAGCAGUAGAUAUUGUAUUUUAGAAUAUUGAAUAUUAAGUAGUUGAUUCGAAAGAAAGUAAGAUUUAAUAAAAAGAAACGAAAUAUUUUUGUGUAAUUAUGAUGAAUUUAUCCAUAAAAAGUUAAUGCUAUAUUGAGAGCAAGUGGUGCUAGUAAAACAUCAUUGCUGAAUAUUCUUGCUGCUCUUGUUUAAAGUUCUUAAAGUUAUUAAAUGGAGUACAAUCUGAAACAUUUUCAAAUUUUACAGCAUUUGUUAUGCUAUAUGAUGUUCUUUUAGAAACUUCAGCUCCAAGAGAAGUUUGGCAAUUUUUGCAGAUUUAAAUUAUAGAGAUCCAGAUUUGA